AGGUCAUACAAUUGUGCCUGAAUCUUCUGACAAAUCUGUGGGAAUUGAACUAGUAUUAUGGCUACAGGAUCUCAAGAGUCAUCAUCAACUGUACAUGAUUUAUUCCAGAAGAGUAAAUUAAUCAGUGAAGGUCCCCCUGCACGAUAUCGUCUCCUCACAACCAGAAGUAAUAUUGAAAAAGAUGGCUCACUAAGAAAAUGGACAUUUGGACAGAGAGGUGUGAAUAUGCAAAACAAAAUCCUACUGAUGGUAGGAGAAACUGGAACAGGCAAAACUACUCUGAUCAACGCCAUGGUAAAUUAUAUACUGGGGGUGAAGUUUACAGAUGAAGUGUGGUUUGAGAUUAUAGAGGAGGGAGGAGAUAAUCACAUGUCAAAUCAGUCAAAAAGUCAAACAACUGAAAUCACUGUGUAUGAGGUGUUUGCCCAGAACAACCCAAUCUGUCUUACCAUCAUUGACACUCCAGGUUAUGGAGACACCAGGGGAAAAGAAUAUGAUGAACAGAUCGCUGAGAAUCUGUACAAACUGUUUCACUAUGCGACUGGAGUGAAAGAAAUUGAUGCAGUGUGUCUGGUAGUGAAGGCAUCUGAGAAUCGGCUCACUGACAGACAGCAAUACAUCUUUGAUGCAGUUUUGUCCUUAUUUGGUAAAGAUAUAGAGAACAACAUUGUCAUAUUUAUCACUCACUCAGAUGGAAUGCCUCCAAAAGAUGCUCUUAAUGCCAUCAAGAAUGCAGCAAUUCCAUGCAGGAAAAAUGAAGAAAAUGAACCUGAGCAUUUCUUAUUUAACAAUCGUCAAACUGAGAAAAGGAUCAAAAAGUAUAACAGAUUUCUCCAGACAGCUUGGGAACAAACAGAGGACAGUUUAAAUGAUUUCUUUGCCUCCCUAAAAGAACAGAAUAGAAAAAGCUUAGAGCAGACUGAAAGUGUUCUGACUGAGUCCAAACGACUUGAAGCCUGUAUUUCUAAUCUACAAAACCGCAUUGAGUUUAUAGAGUACAAAGGUAAAGAACUGACUCAGAUUCAGAAAGCUCUUGGGGAAAACAGAGAAAAGAUUAAGAGAAAUGAAAACUUUACUUUUACAGUCACCAAAUAUUACAAAGAAAAAGUUCCCAUUGAAGAUGCUUCAUGGUGGGACAGAAAGGUGACCAGCUGCUCUGUCUGUAAGGAGAACUGCCAUGAAAAAAACUGCUAUAGAGCCUUGAAUGCCUGGUGGUGUGAAGUCAUGAAAAAUGACCACUGCACUGUAUGUACAGGUAAAUGUCACUACACUAAACAUGUCAGGGAAAACAAGAAAUAUGUUACAUGCAGCAGAGAGGUCUUAGUGACAUUUGAUGAGCUUAAAAAACCGUAUGAAAGCAGCAUAAAUCCAGCAUCAGAUAUCAAGUUUGACUCAAAGGCCUUUGAAAAUGUCAAAAACAACUUUGAAAGCAACAAGAAACAGGAAGAAGAGAAGACAAGCAUAGAGAAGAGCCUGAAAGAAGAACUGGUCGAGAAAGAAAAGGAAAAAGCUCAGCUGCUGGAAGAAGCCUACACCACCAUCAUGAAACUGUCUCAGAUUGUUUUAAAGCCAGACUCUGCUUUCAUUGUUCAGUGUCUUGACUUCUUGAUCCCUCGAGCUAAGGAAAUUGGAAGAGAAGUUCUGGCUACGAAACUGAGAGAGCUGAGGAAAAUUCAGCCUGAAUCUCAGGAACGGGUUACUGCUGUAAUGGGGUAUUUUAAUAAAAUCAGGAAUGUUGUAACUGGUAAAUAAAUGAAUUCAGGAGAUUAAAAAUGGCCACGUAACAUGUAAUAAACACGACCAUAUUUGUAUCUCAUGUGCAAGUAUUGUUCAAAUAAUAAAACACACUGUGUUUAUUUUGUAAUGCAGUUGUUGAACAUUUAAUGUUUUAUUUUGUUUUGAUAAUCAUUUAAAUCUGUUUUGAUUACAAUUGAGUUUAAAGUAUUACAGUGGAUUUUUUUUACCUUACAUGUUCUAUAUUACAUGUGAACCUAUACUGUUCAUGAAUAGAUGUUUAUCCUCUUCUUUUAACUUGAUUUAGUUAAUUAGCUGAAUAUUGUUAAUCCCACUCUUGCUAGUGUUCUCUGUAUAACUAGUUUAUCUGAAUUCCUCAUUAAAUAUCUAUC